AUGGCAAUCGGCAAAAUAGGAACUUUUGACCUUGAGAAGGACAACUGGGAGGCGUAUAUUGACCGACUAGAACAAUAUUUUAUUGUAAACCAAGUGAAGACCGAGAUCCAAGUGCCGACAUUGAUCACAGUGAUAGGUGGUGAAGCUUAUGAGCUAAUGGUUAAUUUGUGCACACCUGAAAAACCGUCUAACAAACCUUAUAAUGAGUUGGUGGAGUUGAUGAAAAAUCAUUUGAACCCAAAACCGAGUCAACUGGCAGAAAGGUUUAAAUUUCGCCAACGUAUUCAACAUAGGGAAGAGAGCAAAAACUGCGGGUUUCGAGACUUAGCAGAGAAUCUCCGUGAUCAAUUUAUAUGCGGCAUAGGUAAUGAAGAAAUUCGCCAGAAAUUGUUUACCAAGAAGGACAACAUAUCGUUUGACAAAGCCUUUACUAUAGCUUUGUCCAUGAAAGCGGCUGAAACAAAUGCGGCAUUGGUAGAAGGUUGUACCAGGGGCAGAAAUGCGGGUGACAGCAUACCAAAUGUUAACAUUACAGUCAAUUUCUUGAAACGGAACAAAAAAGACGUGUUCAAGAGCCGUGGGAACAUAACGCUUCCCAGUUGGCAGCAGCGGUGGUGGUCCAAGCGGCAUAGGCGGAGCGAA